UAGCCAAACGGCAGCCUGAACGCACACACACACUGGCACACACACAUUCACACACACACACAGCAAGAGUGAGGACAUAAAAAGAGAGAGUUGCAAAAGAGACGAAAAGAAAUCCUCUCCUGGUUGUUUUGCAUUCCUGAUAUGACCCUGUUCAGCCCAAGAUACAUGAGCAUGAGUGGAGAGUUGAAGUCCAGCCGCUCCAGGGCAUCAAGUAAGAGGGCCAGCAACACCACUUAUGGAUCUGAAUUCGACCUGGACUAUGACAGCUACCACGAGGACUACUAUGACAGGGUGUAUGACUAUCAGCGUGUGCCGGCGUCCCUGUCUCCUCUGCCGCUGGGACCAAGUCUGGCCAAGCGACCCCGUUCCUCCUCCUACUCCACUGGGCACAGACGCAGUCGAGACAGAACCCACUCCAAAAGCUCCAGAGCCCACUCCACUAGUUCAACCACAGCCAAGUUGGGCAUGGAGGAGUUGCAGGUGAUUAAAAAGGAGCUGACUCUGAUAAAGACACAGAUCGAUGGGCUGCUUGACAGUCUUGACAGGAUGGACACACAGAGGAAUGACCACAAAGGGUCUCCCCUGAGAGAGGACAGUCCAGCUGGCUCACCGUACGCUCUGUCUGCCAGCAGCCCCGAGCACUCCCUCUCCUCCCUCUCUCCACCCAGCUCCCGCCAUCGAAUCCACAGGGAGGACCCUGACCUGAGGGAGCCUGAUGAUGACAACCACACGAUGAGCAACCACAGCUCUGACCCCGAAGAGGAAAUAUGAGGGAGGAACAAGAGAAGAUGUAGAAGACAUGGAUUAAGUGCCAAACAUGGAGGAAAAGAACAACAACCGUCAAGCCAACUCUCAUAUCUGUGGCUCAACUCCCCUCCAACAGGGUGUACAUAUCAGAAAACAUAUUACAUUUAAGUGUAUCACAGCAGCUUCUUUUCUGUGACCAUACUUCUGAGUCAAACUGAAACACAAGUGACUUAUAUACACCAGGUACACACACAUUUGAUUGAGAAGAAUUUGUCAGACUAAAGGAGUGACUGACAGACAGUAAUUAUAACGAACAACUGGAAGCACGGAGGUGAAUUUAACUUUUUAUAAUCCGCCCUAAGUAGGCAUUCCUAUUAUAUGAUAUGACAGUUUGCACCAAUGCCAAUAUUUCAGUAUUAAUCCAAAUGAGACAAAAGGGUUCUCUGAUUAAAACACUGUGUAAGGAGCUUACCACUUUAUCUCGUCCACAUUAAAAGCCUUUUUCUAAAACAGGCAGCACAUGCCACUAUCACACUGUACAUACAGUAAUAAUCUAUGUGUAGUCACUGGGUUCUGCACCAUGUUUCUGCUGUUUCACCAGUUUCUCCCCAGAACAAAACUCUCACAUCUUUAAUUAGGUAAUGUAAACCAUGCAAACAGCCUACUUAAGAUUUAUUAUUUUCAGAAUAAGUUGAAUAUUGUGUAUAUGUACUGUAAAAUGAAAGUUCCCUCUGUGGAUCUCAAAGUAUUUUGACUUGUGACAACAAAAGAAAUGUGUAAACUCUCAAAUAUGAUCUUUCAACAGGGCUCUUUGUUGACGCCUGACUCACUUUUUGUCUUUAUUUUAUACUUCUAAUCACAGUUUAGCUAGUCAAAGUACUGUAAAUUGCAGUAAUUCUUAAGAAACUGAAUAAUCACACUGAUCAUCAGGAGAUAAACUGGUUGUUUUCUGCUCUGUCUCUGAGUGUGACUCUACUUCAUAUCUAUUACAAGAAUGUUACAGCUCUCUUCCCCCAUGUAUUUGGCACUUGUGAGACAUGCAAAGGCCCAGGUCAGUGUGUAAUAUUGUGUAUUAUUGUAAACUUUACUGUAAUUGUUGAACUGUCUGAUUUUAAUCUUGAUUUAGGACUUCUCACAUUUUUUUUUUUAAGAAAACGAUGUUAUUCCUAUGGUGUUACAUGUUUUUGUUUGCAUUCUUAAGAUAAGCCAAGUGGAAAUACUCAUUGUCACAGUAGUAAAAGUAUUUUCAU